AUGCUAUCUCUACCUCUUGUAGCACCUCGCGAUUCCCACGAGCUCUGGUUCGGAUCCUCUCAACCUCGAUACAGAGGCAGUAUAAACAGCCCGAACACAGAGACACCAGCAACUCGACGCCAACAACUCCACAACGGCGCACCCAACAAUGGCAACCUCUCAAACCCGCAAACAUCAGCGCGCGCUCUCUUCUCCUCGACCGCACCAUCCAACAGUCUCGCCAUGCUGCAACUCGAAGAACGCGCCCUACGACUCCGAAAGGAGAAUAUCGCCUCCUUUGGAGCUGCAUGGAUCAAACCGGCGGGUAUACCCAAAACGAUGCAGGGGAUGAGAGAGGAAGAAGCGGAGCGGGAGGAGGGGUUGGCGGCGGCACAGCAGGAAUUAAAUGUUGCUGCUAUGGUUGCUGCAGCUGCAGCCGGAAAUGUAGGGGACGGUGUGACGAAUAUGGAUGCAUUUGGUGCAGAGGAUACGGCGCUUCAACAACAGCAGCAACAGAUGGUUGAAGGGGAUGGUACAGGUGCUGCAGAAGGGGAUGGGAUUGGACCGGAGGAGCUCGAAAGGGAUCUAGAUGAUGAUAUCCCGGAAGCUGAAGAUGAUGGAUUUGGGGACUCGGAUGAAGAGGAAGGUCUGGUUGAGGAAGGUGAAGAGGGGUAUGAAGAAGAGCUUCUGGAGCGGAAUCUGGACGACGACAUACCUGAGGGAUUCCCGGAAGAUGACGAGGAUGACGAAGAUGAUUAUGAGGAUGAUGACGACGAGUUGCCCGAAGGGAAUGAGAUCAUGGUCCGUGAUCUAGACGACGACAUCCCAGAAGCAAAUGACCCAGAAGACGAAGACAUGGACGAAGAAGCCGAAGCCGAAGAAUGGCAACAUACCGACUCGGAACUAGAAGACGACGACGACGACUCUGAUUUAGACGGAGACAACAGUAAUAUACAUGACCCGUACGCGCAUCUUAAUAGAGGAGGGGGGGCCGACGGUAUAGUUUCGACGAAUACGCAAACACCGGUCAGCACAGAUCCAGCACGGCGAAGGUCACAGCGUAGUAGCGCUCGUCAGCCACCACCGCCGCCAUCCGCGGCAGAAAUACGUCGAACACGCGAAACAGCUGCACAGCGACGGUUCCUGCAGCGCUGGAGCGGGAUUGGUGGGGAGACCGAAUCUGACAACGAAAUUAUACCCUCGGUUAUGAUGGUUGAUGAUGACGAGGACGAGGAUGAUUUGCGUGCUUCUAUAACGAGUGCUCGGAAUCAAGCUGCGCGGGAGGCGCGAACGAGGCUUGUCCAGAGUAGAUUUGGUCGGUUUAUGAGGCGUGGUGGACCGAGAGAUAGUCUUGACUAG